GCACGGCGCCGCCCCCGCCACCCUCAGGAACCGCCGCCAUUUUGAAGCCGCCGCGGCCGCUGCUGGUUCCACACUCCCCGCGCUCUCCCCAUUGAUCCCCGCCGCGAUGCGUCCUGGCAUCAAACUCUUCGUGGGCAAUGUCCCCGAGGAGGCGACGGCGGAGGAGUUGAGCGAACUUUUCGCCGGCGCCGCAGGGCCGGUGCUGGGCGUCGCCCUUAUGAAACAGUUCGCCUUCGUGCACCUGCGGGACGAGGCGGCGGCCGCGCGCGCCAUCUCGCAGCUCAACGGUCACCAACUGCACGGCCGCCGCAUCGUGGUGGAGCCAUCCCGGCCGCGCCCCACCAACACCUGCAAGAUCUUCGUGGGGAAUGUGUCGGCCGCGUGCACGAGCGGGGAGCUGCGCUCGCUCUUCCAGCAGUACGGCCCCGUGGUGGAAUGCGACGUGGUGAAAGACUAUGCCUUUGUGCACAUGGAGAACGAAGCCGAUGCUAAAGUUGCCAUCGAAAACCUAAAUGGGAAGGAGGUGAAGGGGCGCCGGGUGAACGUGGAGCUCUCCACCAACGUGCAGAAGAAGGGCACGGGCCAGGCACCGCCGCCCGCCCUCGGCGUCGACAAGACCAAGCGCAUCGGCCUCGAGUACCGGGAGAAGUUCCAGCCCAAGAUCGAGGGCUUCGACCAGCAGCGCCGGGCGGCCGACGCCGCCUUUCCCUCAGCUGCGGGCGCCGGCUACGCCACCACCCCCUCCCUGUACGAUUACCAGCAGCGCUUCGGCGCUAAGUAUGAUGCCUUCGAUGCGCAGCCCCGGCCCGCCUCCCCCUCCUACUUCGGCAGGGACCGCAGCCCGCUGCGGCGUUCACCCACCCGCGCCGGCUACGCAGCGGUGACGCUCCCCAUGACGGCGCAGCCGGCCGCCUACCGCGCCCAGCCCUCGGCCUCACUGGGGGCCGCGUACCGAGCCCAGCCCUCGGCCUCCCUGGGCAUGGCGUACCGUCCGCAGCCCACCACGGGCCAGGCGGCCGCGUACCGCGCGCAGCCCUCGGCCUCGCUGGGCAGCGCCUACCGCUCCCAGCCCUCAGUCGGUUCCAUGGGCGCUGCAGGCGCUCAGCCCGCUGCAGCCAACUCCCUUGGCUCCUACGGGGCCCAGCCCGCCGCUGCUGCCUCGUACGGCACGCAGCCCACUGCUGCCAACUCCCUCAGCUCCUACGGUGUCCAGUCUGCUGCCCUUGCCUCCUCCUACGGUGCCCAGCCUGCCUCGGGCUACUCAGCCGGCUACGGCGCCCAGCCCGCCAUCGCCGCAUACGGCGCCCAGCCCGCUGCCGGCUCUGCCAGCUCCUACAGCACCCAGGCCGUGGCCGUGCACGUGGCAUCUUAUGGUGCCCAGCUGGCCGCAGGCUCCUACGGCGCCCAGCCCAUGGAUGGCCAUGCCGGUUCCUACGGCGCCCAGCCCGGCGCCGCGCUGUCCGCCGGCUACAGCGCCCAGGCUGUGGCGGUGCACGCCAGCUCUUACAGCGCCCAGGCGGUGGCUGGUCACGCUGCUGCUGCUGCCUACCAGCCCGUGGCCGGCCACUCGGCUUCCUACGGCGCCCAGCCUGCGCUGUCUGCUUCGUACGGCGCCCAGCCCGCCGUGGGCCACUCGGCCUCGUACGGCGCCCAGCCCGCUGCAGGCCUGCCCGCGUCCUACGGCAGCCAGCCCGCGGCUGCCGCGCUCCCCGCCGGCUACGGCGCACAGACAGGGUCCUCGCUGGCCGCGUCCUACGGCAGCCAGGCCGCCGUUGCUGCCGCUUCCUACAAGGCACAGGCCUCCGCCCCACUGACGGCCGCGUACCGGGCACAGGCCUCCGGCGCCAUGGCGGCCUCCUACCCGGCACAGCAGCCGUCCUCCGCCGUGCUGGCGGCCGCGUACCGAGCCCAGCCGGGCAGCGCCUACGACGGGCCGAGCCAGCUGGGGCAGCCAGCAGGCUCUUACCUGGGCCUGGCGCAGGCCGCCGCCACCGCACCGCCCUACGAGCGCACCCGCCUCUCCCCGCCUCGCAGCGCCGCCUACGACGACCCGUACAAAAAAUCGUCCUCUCUGGCUAAAAGGUACGGCUCCGAGCGCCGUCUGUCCGAGCUGGCCGAUUACCGGCGCUUAGCGGACUCACCGCUGGCGUACCGCCGCUCGCCCACCAAGUCCCCGCUGGACUACCGCCGCCUGCCAGACGCCCACACCGAGUACGCCCGCUACUCGGGUGGCUACGGCGACUACAUGCCCCCUGCCCGCGUCCACUCGGGCUACCAGCGCCGCCUCUGAGCCGGCCACGGUCCCGCUUGCCGCCCCGCUGGGGCACGGACGGUUUUUUUUUUCAGGCAAUUUUUUCUGGUUUUGCUGUUUGAGAUUUUUAGAGGGUUCCGGGUUACGGUUGGCAGUGGCCACGCAGUUCAUCCCCCACCGGCACUUGGUGCCGGUUCAUAACUCGCCAGUGGUUGUGGCCGUGUGGCUCAGACUUUUAUACCACGAGUUGUCCCAUUUUUUUGGGCGAAUUCCCCAUUUCCAGCAUUGGGCCCAGUAUGGUCCUGGGGUUUUUUUAUGACUGUAAAUAAACGCUGGGGUCUUGCUCCGGUU